UCUUUCUUUCUUCCUACUUUAAUACUCCACCAAACAACAUAGCCCUAUUCUAUUAACCCCCUUCCAAACCAACUCCACAUUUUUUCUCUCACUCCAUUUCUCCCAUUAGAGAAAGAAAGUAACACACACACACACCCACUAACUUACAUAUUACUCUAGAGUGAGAAACCCCCAAAUUCAUCAAUCGUCAUGGAUUCUCAGAUCUAUGGCGCCCCUAAUCUCCUCUCUCUCGCCUUCCUCGCUCUCCUCGCCAUCACCGCCUCGGCAUUGCCGGCGAAACCAGCCAACUCCGCCGGCCAAAUCAAUUCCAAUUCAGUCCUCGUAGCUCUCCUCGAUUCCCAUUACACCGAGCUGUCGGAGCUGGUGGAGAAGGCUCUGCUGCUGCAAACGCUCGAAGAUGCCGUCACCAACCACAACAUUUCCAUAUUCGCCCCCAGGAAUGAGGCGUUGGAACGGGAUUUGGACCCCGAGUUCAAGCGCUUUCUGCUGGAGCCCGGGAAUCUCAAAUCCCUCCAAAAUCUCCUCCUCUUCCACAUGAUUCCCACGCGCAUUCAGUCCAAUCACUGGCCCGUCGGCCCGGGGAAGAAGCCCGUCCUCCACACCAGCCUCUGCCGCGACGCCGCCGCCGAGAUGAUUCCGCUCCACGAGAAAAACGGCCAGAAGAUCGUCGGUACGGCGAGGGUUAUCAAAUCCGACGACAUCGUCCGCCCCGACGGAAUAAUCCACGGCAUUGAGAGGCUGCUGGUCCCCAAAUCCGUGCAGCAGGAAUUCAACGCGCGCCGGAGCCUGCGGGCCACCUCUGCCGUGAUUCCGGAGGGUGCGCCGGAGGUCGACCCGCGGACGCACCGCCUGAAGAAAUCCGCACCGGCAGUCCCCGCCGGCGCACCCCCGGCCCUCCCCGUCUACGACGCCCUUGCCCCAGGCCCCUCUCUGGCCCCCGCCCCCGCCCCCGGACCCGGCGGCCCGCACCACCACUUCGACGGCCAUAGCCAGGUGAAGGACUUCAUCCAAACCCUCCUGCAUUACGGCGGCUACAACGAGAUGGCGGAUAUCUUGGUCAAUCUGACGUCGCUCGCCACCGAGAUGGGGCGGCUGGUCUCCGAGGGCUACGUGCUGACGGUGCUGGCGCCCAACGACGAGGCCAUGGCCAAGCUGACGACGGACCAGCUGAGCGAGCCGGGGGCGCCGGAGCAGAUUAUGUAUUAUCAUCUCAUUCCCGAGUACCAGUCGGAGGAGAGUAUGUACAACUCUGUCAGGAGAUUCGGGAAGGUGAAAUACGACACGUUGAGACUGCCGCAUAAGGUGGUGGCCGAGGAGGCCGACGGCUCGGUCAAAUUCGGCCACGGCGAGGGCUCCGCUUACCUCAUCGACCCCGAUAUUUACACCGACGGCAGAAUCUCCGUUCAGGGUAUUGACGGCGUUCUCUUCCCGGUAGAGGAGACCGCCGCUCCCAAAGCUGCUCCGCUCGCCAAGAUUGUUUCCAAGCCCAGAAGAGGGAAGCUGCUUGAAUUGGGAUGCAGUAUGCUUGGGGCUGUUGGGCAGAAUCAUCAUUUCUCUACCUGUCAUUAAAUUUUCACACUAGCAUAAAAACAAAAAAUAUAUGAAAAAGUAAAGGAUAGAAAUCCACAAUGAUGCAGAAAAGGUGAGUUACAGCCAUUUUUUUACCAUAUUACUAAUUUUUUUAAUUAUUCAAGAAAUGUAAUUUUAUUUUUGAGUUAAUAACAUAUUUUCCCAUUCCAUUAUAAUUGACAGGUUUUUUAGGAUGGUGAAUGUGCAUGAGCAGAAGAUAAAGGGUGGAGGUGCUUGUACUGAAAUUGUUCCUCAGAACCCCACAAGAGAGUUUUUGUUUUUUUUUCUUCAUUUUUAUUUUGGUAUAAAUACUGUAAUUACAUACCCAUUUUUUUAUUUGUAUUUAAGUAAGUUUGGUCCGCCGACAGCCAGAGUAUGCACAAAUAUAUAGUCUUUUUUUUUCAAUUUUUUUUUUUUAUUAAGGGGGGUUGCCUCUGUUUUAAGAAUGCCAUGAAAAUCUUGUGAUGAGACCUACUUUUUGCUUUUACUUUUAAUAAUGGACAUUAUUUGUUGUCCUUGUGUGAA